UUUCCUGCGACUUUCCUUCAUCCCACCUAAAUAAAUGAAAAUAACGAUAACCGAUGCCUCCCCUCUUCUGUCUAUAUUUUUCCUAUAUAUAUUUUUGUUCAAGAGAUUUUCCUCAUCUUUCACUUAAAUCAACUGCUGCAAGGUUAGAAACCACUUUGUUAGGUGGCUUCAAGCCAUUUCUUUCCCCUUCUUUUCCCUUGUUAACCAGAGUUUGCGAUGGAACCAAGGUGCGAGAACACCUUUCUCAAUCUCAACGUUAAUCCUUCUCCGCAUGCGGACGGUGUCCCGCCUGAGGUUUUGAUGAUGGAAGAGUUGCAUCGUUUAAAUAGCGAGAAAAAGAUGCUGACCGAGAAGCUUAGUCGCGUGAAUAAGAGCUACAGUGCUUUGCAGAAUCAUUUUAACCAAGUUCUCAAGACCACGAAUUCUCAAUUAGAUUUAAGUGUAGUACAAUCAAGGAAGAGAAAGGCUGAAAACGAGAAUUGUAUUGCUACUAAUAAUAUGUUUAGUUUUAGCGGCGCUUCCGAGUGCAGCACCAGCACUGAGGAUUCAUUCAGGAGGCCCAAGGACCCCAGUCCGAUCAGCCACCCAAUUUCUCCUAAGGUUUCAAAGGUUGUUGUGCGCACGCAGGCAUCUGAUCCCAGCUUAUAUGUGAGAGAUGGAUAUCAGUGGAGGAAAUAUGGUCAGAAGGUCACGAGAGAUAACGCCUCUCCUAGGGCUUACUUCAGGUGUUCCUUUGCCCCGAGCUGUCCGGUGAAGAAGAAGGUGCAAAAAAGCGCGGAGGACCCGACGUUAUUGGUGGCAACGUACGAAGGAGAGCACAACCAUAUUGUGCAGGGGGCUCAAAGUGAAGUCAUGGAUCCAAUUCAUCCCGCGAAAUCGAGCACUGCGAUUGCUGACCAGGAUUUCAUCCACCAGUUUUUGGCUCAGCAAAUGGCUUCUUCUUUGGCAAGAGAUCCCGAUUUCACUUCAGCUCUUGCUGCUGCUAUUUCAGGAAAAAUUUUGGAGCGCACUGUUCCCUAGCUUAGCUAAUGAUUAGUAGUUCAGAUCAUCGUUUGCAUUAUUUAUAUGCACGGCGAGUUUUGGUUCUGUUGUUUUUGUAUGUUCUUGGUGUAGUUAGGAAUAUGUAUAUACAUGUGGCUAGUUUGCUGUUAUAUAUAUAGCCCAGACUCUAUAUGUAUAUAUAUAAUUUGGUUUC